CCCGGUCAGCCUCCAGGGCACCUUCAGGCAAGCCGGUAGUGGGUCUGGAACUCAGAGACUGGGGAGCCGGCUUCUGGGCAGAGAUGGCCCUGCAGAGCCAGGCGUGGUCUCCGGCCACACCCAUGCCCAUGGCCGAGAGCUCCCUCUAUCGGCAGCGGCUAGAGGUCAUCGCGGAAAAGCGGCGGCUGCAGGAGGAGAUCCGCGCGGCGCGCCGGGAACUGGAGGAGGAGAAACUCCGCGUGGAGCGGCUCAAGAGGAAAUCUCUCCGGGAGCGUUGGCUAAUGGAUGGGGCCGCGGAAGGGCCAGAGCAGCCCGAGGACCCUGACUCCAAGGACCCCCAGUCGCCGGAAGGUCAGGCUCAGGCGCGCAUCAGGAACCUGGAAGACAGCUUGUUCACACUCCAGAGUCAGCUGCAGCUGUUGCAAAGUGCGUCCACAGGUGCCCAGCACAAACCCUCGGGUAGGCCCACCUGGCGCAGACAGGAUCGUCGUCCUCUCUCCCAACCCACCAUGGAUGCAGGUCCUGCAGGCCAGUCUGAUCUGGACAAGAGAGCUUCCCUGCCCUCCGGACUAGUGGGCGGAUCCCCAGAGUCCCCCUCUGAGCCCAAGGAGGAGGCUGCCGGGGUUCUGCCACCCCAGAGGCAGGUCCCUGGGGCAGUGGUGUCCUCCUCAGAAGCCAAUGGUCCCUACCCUGGACGCAGCCCCACCCUGGAGCCAGAGUUGGUCCUGGGGGCGGUGGCAGCCGAGGAGGCUGUGGUUGAGGCCAAAGGCGCGGGUGUGGUGGAGGUGGUGUGGGAGGGCCUGAGAGCCACGGAGGACAGUGCCAUGGGGACCUCGGGCCUGGAGCUGGAGGCCAAGGUGGAGGAGGUGGUGCUGGAAGCCAUUGGGGACAGGCGGGGGACUGGCGGCACCAAGCUCCCGGCCUGGGUGAAGGAGGACAGGGGUGUGGUGGAGGUGGUCUGGGAGGGGCUGGGGGGCCCCGGCCCAGAGGCUGCACGGCCCAGCUCGCCAGGGCUCCAGGAGCGACUGCAGGGAGAAGCUUCCAGAGAAGGAGAAGGUGCUCCCAGGGGCAGCCCUGAGGGUGAGGGGCAGGGGGGCCCUGGAGGAGAAGAGGGGUCCUUCAUCUGGGUGGAAAGAGCGGCUCUCAGCGAGGACUGGGAGGAGCUGCUGAUGGAGGGGCUGGAGGGGCCAGCGGUGAGCGGGAGGGAGGGGGGAGGCGCCCAGGCCCGGGAGGCAGAGGUGCGGAGGAGCGCAGAGGACUCCCUGGGGGCAGGGGCCCAGGACAGUGAGGCAAAGCCCGGGACAGGGAGGGAGGCGGCCAGGAACGGAGGCAAGGCGCCACAGCAGCCCGAGGAGAGAGGAGGCGAGGGAAAGGUAGAGACGGGAGAGGAGGGGGCUGGGGAGCCCGUGAGCGUUGAGAGCAAAGAAAGUCCGGGGUCUUGGAGGGCAGAGAAGGAAAGGGGUGGGGAAGAGCCAGAGGCAGAGGAGAGCGUGGAGGACCCAUCAGGAGCGGAGAGAAAAGAGGUUGAGGGACCUCUGGGGACAGAGGAGGAAAGAGGUGAAGAAAAGCAAGGAACAGAGAAGGAAGUUGAGGAAGCACUGAGAGUAGAGGGAAAAGGAGGUGAGGAGGCAUCAGAAGCAGAGAGGGAAAGAGGUGAGGAAGCCUUGGGGGCAGAGAGGAAGGGAGGCGAGGAAGCCUCAGGGGCAGAGAGGAAAGGAGGUGAGGAAGCCUCGGAGGCAGAGAGGAAAGGAGGUGAGGAAGCCUCGGAGGCAGAGAGGAAAGGAGGUGAGGAAGCCUCGGGGGCAGAGAGGAAAGGAGGUGAGGAAGCCUCGGAGGCAGAGAGGAAAGGAGGUGAGGAAGCCUCGGGGGCAGAGAGGAAAGGAGGUGAGGAAGCCUCGGGGGCAGAGAGGAAAGGAGGUGAGGAAGCCUCGGGGGCAGAGAGGAAAGGAGGUGAGGAAACCUUGGAGGCAGAGAGGAAGGGAGGUGAAGCCUCAGAGGCAGAGAGGAAGGGAGGUGAGGAAGCCUUAGGGGUCCAGAAGACCCAAGGGUCUGAGGAAGAACUGAGUUCAAGAGAGCAGAGAGAGUCAGGGGAAAGGACUGGGUCUGAGGGGGAGGUGAGCGAGGCCGGGGCUACCCUUGGGGUCAAGCAGGAGCCAAUGCCAGAGGAGGGCCUGCAGCCCCUGGAGAAGCAAGAAGGACCCCUGGAGGAGGAAGCAGUGCAGCUCCGAGCCCCUGCUGAGAGCCAGGGACCCCCAGGGGACGCCACACCCCUCCUGACAGAGACCCCAGCCCCAGAGCAGCCCACCGAGAACCAGCCUCUGCUCCAGCGGGAGAGGCCCAGCGCCAACCCCAGUGCCCACCCCGCGCCCACCUAUGCACCUGCCCGGCAGCCUGAGCCAGCCGCCCCGACCGAGGGUGAAGAGGCGAGUGGCCCCAAGCAGAAGACGUGCCAGUGCUGCGCGGUGAUGUGAGCCCGCGUCCCUCUGCCCGUGCCCAGCUCCUCUCACAGCUACCUCACCUCCUGGCAUCCAGCAGAGAGUUCCAGGCACAGACAGGGCACCAGAAGACCGGUUGUGGCACAUGGGAGCCAGCUGGCCUGCACAUCCACCUUGCCCACUGCCUGUGACCCUGGCUCCCUCCUGUGACAAAGCCUUUAUACUUGAAAAUAAAACAUU